ACUAACCCCACCUUCAAAUGAACAAACUUUAACCUUUUUUCCAUUUUACUCACUUCUUAAUACUUCCAAUGCUUACAUUCAACUAACCCAUAUGUUGGAUUAGGCCAAUUAAGCACCAUUGCACUUUAAUUAGUAUAUUCAUAUUGCAUCUCAUACUUUCGUAAAGCUUCUUAUACAAAAAGUAGAGGAAUGAAGUCCUUCACCACACUUUAAAAGCUCCCUUCGCCAUCCCAAAAAACAAUCAUAUCCUAAACCAUCAUCAAAACUCAGAGAGAAAGCCUAAGGGUAGCCAUUUCUAGGCUCAGAUUUUCCUCUUGUUGGGUUGGGAGAAUGCAUACCCUUUGGAAACCAGUGCACAUUGUUGUGACUUCAUUUUAUGUUUCUGCUCUUCUAUUCAGUGACUGCAUGGCCUAUGAGGAGGGGAAUCACUCUAGUAGUCACAAGAACACAAGUAACAAAUUUUACAAGAUGAAUCAGCAGAAGACAUCUGAUAUUGCAGUACAUGGACUGCUCCUGUGGGCUUCAACUGGUCUUUUAAUGCCACUGGGAAUACUUGUCAUCAGAGGGUCCAUUAGGGCAGAACCCGGAUCUAGAAGGAGUAAAGUGCUCUUCUAUCUCCAUGUUGGUUUUCAGAUGCUUUCAGUACUUCUUGCCACAGUUGGAGCUGCAAUGUCUCUGAAAAAGUUCGAAAAUUCAUUUGAUAACAAUCAUCAGAAGUUAGGCCUGGCACUUUAUGGUGCUAUAUUGGUGCAAGGCUUGAUUGGAUUUUUCAGACCACACAGGGGGAAAAAAGAGAGGAGUUAUUGGUACUUACUACAUUGGAUACUAGGAACAAUAGUUUCUGUUGUAGGGGUGAUCAACAUUUACACUGGUUUGAAAGCCUACCAUAAGAGAACCUUAAAAAGCACCACACUUUGGACUAUCCUUUUCACUGUGGAAGUCACUAUCAUUGGAUUGGUUUACCUCUUCCAAGACAAAGUGGAAUAUAUGAAAAAGCAAGGAGUGAUUAUAGGAAGUGAGUCGUCAAUUCUGUCAUCUAACCAACACAUUAUUCCUCAAAGCCAAACUCAAAAGGAGUUGUUACCAGUUGCAUGUGGAAGAAAGAGAAAUGCACUUGAGAAUUUGUUUGACUAAUAUCAGACUUUAGAUUACAUUUUUUAGAGGGUAUAUUGGUUUGUUUACACUUUAGUUUUUGGUGCCUGCACUUUAUGCAAGUGGGAGCUGAUUUUAUGAAGAUAGAGUGCAUUCAUCAAAAGGUGAAGUUUGAUUGGUGUAUGUUUUCUCGUUUCUUGUUUUUUUCUAUGCACAUUCUUUCACAUGUAUUACGAAUAUUAUAAGUGUGCGUGUGGACACUGACCACAGAAUGUAUAGACAGUUGUGGAAGCAGUCUUUGAAGUUGUAAUUUUAAUUUGAAUAUGGUUUUGGAAUACAUGAUUA